CCGGCGCCCCGGCCGCGCCGCCGGGAAGGAGGAACCGCCAGCGCGCUGGGCUCCGCGCCCGGCCGCCGGGACGCCGCGCAGCCGGGUUCCAUGAUGGAGUUUGAACUUUACGUCAAGAGGUUUCAUAUUUUGGGUUAGCUCUGCUGAGAACUUUGAAACUUCAGGCCCAGUUUCUGUGUCCUCCAAGACGUUAAAUGCAGAGAGAUUGUACCAUGGAUUACAAGGAGAGCUGCCCAAGCGUAAGCAUCCCCAGCUCCGAUGAGCACAGAGAGAAGAAGAAGAGGUUCACGGUUUAUAAAGUUCUGGUCUCUGUGGGCAGAAGCGAAUGGUUUGUCUUCAGGAGAUACGCAGAAUUCGACAAACUUUACAAUUCUUUGAAGAAACAGUUCCCUGCUAUGGCUCUGAAGAUACCUGCCAAGAGAAUAUUCGGUGAUAAUUUUGAUCCAGACUUUAUUAAACAAAGAAGAGCAGGACUGAAUGAGUUCAUCCAGAACUUAGUCAGAUACCCAGAGCUUUAUAAUCACCCAGAUGUCAGAGCAUUCCUUCAAAUGGACAGCCCCAGACAUCAGUCAGAUCCAUCUGAAGAUGAGGACGAAAGAAAUACUCCGAAGCCACGUACUACCUCACAGAACAUCAACCUGGGACCGACUGGAAACCCUCAUGCUAAACCAACUGACUUUGAUUUCUUAAAAGUUAUUGGAAAGGGCAGCUUUGGCAAGGUUCUUCUUGCAAAACGAAAACUGGAUGGAAAAUUUUAUGCUGUCAAAGUGUUACAGAAAAAAAUAGUUCUCAACAGAAAGGAGCAAAAACAUAUUAUGGCUGAACGCAAUGUGCUCUUGAAAAAUGUGAAACAUCCAUUUUUGGUUGGAUUGCAUUAUUCUUUCCAAACAACUGAGAAGCUUUAUUUUGUUCUGGAUUUUGUUAAUGGAGGGGAGUUAUUUUUUCACUUACAAAGAGAGAGGUCUUUUCCUGAACACAGAGCGAGGUUCUAUGCUGCUGAAAUUGCCAGUGCCUUGGGUUACCUGCACUCCAUCAAAAUAGUGUACAGAGACCUGAAACCCGAAAAUAUUCUUUUGGAUUCAAUGGGACAUGUUGUCUUAACAGAUUUUGGGCUUUGCAAAGAAGGAAUUGCUAUUUCUGAUACCACUACAACCUUUUGUGGGACACCAGAGUACCUUGCACCUGAAGUGAUCAGAAAGCAGCCCUAUGACAACACUGUGGACUGGUGGUGCCUGGGUGCUGUUCUGUACGAAAUGCUGUAUGGGCUGCCUCCUUUUUACUGCCGCGAUGUUGCUGAGAUGUAUGAUAAUAUUCUUCACAAGCCCCUAAACUUGAGACCAGGAGUGAGCCUCACAGCCUGGUCCAUUCUGGAAGAACUCCUAGAAAAGAACAGGCAAAAUCGACUUGGUGCCAAAGAAGACUUUCUUGAAAUCCAGAAUCAUCCUUUUUUUGAGUCACUCAGCUGGACUGACCUUGUACAAAAAAAGAUCCCACCACCAUUUAACCCUAAUGUGGCCGGACCAGAUGAUAUCAGAAACUUUGACACAGUCUUCACCGAAGAAACGGUUCCCUAUUCUGUGUGCGUGUCCUCCGACUAUUCUAUAGUGAAUGCCAGUGUUCUGGAAGCAGAUGAUGCAUUUGUUGGUUUCUCUUACGCCCCCCCUUCAGAAGACUUAUUUUUGUGAACAGUUUGGUGUUCAGAACCGUCGGGUAAACUCAAGCCUGCGGAAGAGACAGAAACACCUCUUUGUGUGAAUAUAUUCAACUAUGUAUAACAGUGCCUCAUUUUUACAUGUAAUGUUGAAAACUAUGAAAUUUGUAUUUUCUGCUGUAUGCAAGAAAUAGGGCAUUUCAAAGAGCUGUUUUGAACUGAAAUUUGUAUUCUUGUUUAUUAAGCUUAUUUUUAAACAAAAAUUUAAAGGUAUUAUUCUUAGCACUAACCUAUUUUUAAAGAUAACUUUUUCUAUUGACUGUUUUUUUUUUCCUGCUGAGUUUACACUAACACAAUCCAAGAUAGACUGUUUGAAUAGUCUGUUACAGUUAAGGUGUAUUAGUAUCUUUAUAAUUCUAUGACUUUUGUCAUAGCAGAGCUAUGCAAAUGGUACGUGAUGGUUUAUGAUGAAACCCUAUCUUCCCAUGAAAAGUCACUAUUUGAAAAUUACUUCUUGGUAGUAAAUGCAAAAGCAGCUUAAACGCACUGGCCGUAGUGAACAAUAAUAGCUGCUCACAUUCAGCCCCGUAAGAAAAAGCAAAAAGAUUUUUUGCUUUUGAAACACUCAGUUCCCAUACAUGCAUCAUUUUUCCUUUAGAGGAAAAGAAAAUAUUUAAUGGCUAGAAAUUUUUAGAAUUCCCACGGAACUGAGAAGUAAUAAGAUGCUACCAGAUAAUUUUUAGGUGGUGCCAAAAAUAAAUGUCUGUUAUAUAUGUAUAUUACAAAUGUUUUCUAUUUAUGUUCCUUUUAACCCUUGGAGGUUUAGUGUACCAUUGAGUAAGUCAGUGUCAGGUUUUGCAAAUAGCUAUUUCAAAACUGCCUUCCUGAUUGAUCAUGUUUUCACAAUGACAGAAAAAAAAAGCUUUCUAUAAUGUUCAUCUAGUUGUGAAUUAAAUAAAAGAGCAAAUCUGGGUCAGUGUAGAUGUAUGUCACUGUAACAGAAGGUAACAGUAAUUUAGCAGAUACACACUCAGUUUUACUCAUCUGUAGUGCCGGGGAUCAGACAUACAGAAGGCUUCAUGAAGGCGAGUGAGAGUAUUCUCCGUCUCUGAAGUACACACCUGCCUCUUGGUAUCUUUAUGUAUCUUACAAAUUAGAAGACCGACUGUAAAAUCACAUGCCGACUAAUGUCUGCAUUCAUAACGGUAAAGGAUGUUAGGCACAGAGAAACUCUUUAAAAAGAAAGCUUACGCUGGGCAGUGGUGGCGCACGACUUUAAUCCCAGCACUCGGGAAGCAGAGACAGUGGAUCUGUGAGUUCGAGACCAGCCUGGACUACAGAGUUCCAGGAUAGCCAAGGAUAUGCAGAGAAACCCUGUCUGGAAAAAAACAAAAUAAGGCCGGGGGCAGGGGGUGCCACAUAACUUGGGAUUCCAGUUCCUGGAGGGCAGUUUCUCAGAUCCUUUAAGGAAUGGUAUCAUGAGUUUAGCUGCUCCAGAGACAAACUUCAUUUGCAUGUGUUAUCUUGACAAAGAAAUCGGGAAUAUUUCUCGUCAAUAUGUUUCAGCUUAAAUUCGGUCAGCGGAGUGGGUGGGGAUGGGUGGUGCUUUGGUGGGACAGGUAGUAUUUUAUGUGCGGUACACUGGACCUUCCUUACAGGUGAGAUGUGCUGUCGUCGCUGUACAUAAUUGGUUUGGGGCACUUCUGUAAGGACGACUUUAAUAACAGUUUCUUGUUGAUUAUAAAUCUAGACACAUUGUACAUGUAUGAUUUUUACUCAGAUAUCCCUAAUUAAAUUGCCAAAAAUUAAAGUGCAAUAUUGUAUUUUUAAGAACAAAUUGUAGGUUUUUGAUGUUUCUUGGAUCACAAGAAAUACAGAUCUAUGUAGUAUAAUAAAAUUAGCAAAAAAUUAA